CCUUGCCAUAUUCACAAACAAACAUGUCGUGUGCCAAGGAAGAGGUGAGCACCCAGGACUUGCACCAAGGUUACAUGGAGAUAUGGCACCACGGCCUUUUCCACGUCAAAUCCUCGGCGCUCCUAUGCGCGGUUGGGCUGGGCAUCCCUAGCGCCAUCCACCGGCGCGGUGGUGCGGCGACAAUCUCGGACAUCGUCACCGACACCGGCGUCCAGCCAUCCAAGCUCUCCUACCUCCGACGGCUCAUGCGCAUGCUCACCUUCUGUGGCAUCUUCGCCGCCGAUCAACCUAAUAAUGAGGAUGAGGCCAUCUACAAGCUCACUCCUGUGUCCCAGAUCCUAGUUGAAGACAGGGCUUCUUCUUCCACUCCGUACGACAUGUCGCCGUUGCUCCGUGUCAUCGUGCGCCCUAGCACGGCAGUCUCCACGUUCUUCAGCUUGGAGGCGUGGUUCCGGGAUGCCGGCGACAGGACGCUCUUCGAGGUGGCACACGGUGUUCAUCCAUGGACCUUGACAAGGAACGACCCCGACUACAACAAGGCCGUGAACGAGUCGAUGGUGAUGGACAGCAGCGUCCUCAUGGAUAUCAUGCUAAAGGAGGUCGGCGGCACAGAUAUCUUCCGCGGGCUCACGUCGCUGGUCGAUGUCGGCGGGGGCCUUGGCGUAGCCGCCAUGGCUAUCGCUAGGGCCUUUCCGCACAUCAAGUGCACUGUGCUAGACCUCGAACAAGUGAUCAGCCAAGCACCUUCUUCUGAUGGCACGGUGGAGUUCAUCACUGGUGACAUGUUUGAGUAUAUUCCACCUGCAGAUGCUGUUUUCCUAAAGUUAAUUUUCGAUUGUUGGGAUGAUGACGACAGUGUUAAGAUACUUCGACAGUGCAAGAGGGCGAUUCCCGCAAGAGAUGCCGGAGGAAAAGUGAUAAUUGUGAAUUGUGUGCUCGGAUAUGGGGCACAGAACAGUGUUGCCAUGGAGACGCAGGUAUUGUUUGAUGUGUACAUGAUGCGGUAUGGUGGGGCUCAGCGAGAAGAGCACGAAUGGAAAAAGAUCUUCUUAGAAGCUGGAUUCAGUGAUUACAAGAUUACACCGAUAUUUGGUUUUCAAUCCAUCAUUGAGGUUUUUCCAUGAUGAAGCUCUGGAUUAUCUAAAUAAUUAUAAGCCAAUAAAAGAUGAAUAAUGAAUUAUGUGCAAGAUUGGUGACUAUACCAUGGUCAUGGAUGAUUUGUUUUGAAUUACGGAUGGAGUUCCAUAAGAUGCCAGCCAAUACUACAAAACGAAACUAAAUUGGCAGAUAUAUUAUGAUAUGAUUCCAUGUAGUUUUAGUCCAGGCUCCAAUUACGUCACGGUAUAUGAAACUGGCUUAUCCCCAUGUUAUAUUCUUUAUUUAUAGUUUACCAAGGGGAGGCUUUUACGGUGAUUGUACCAUCAGAAAUAAAAUUGAGACCUUGGACUAAAUAUGCAUUGUUUCUUUGUGUCUA